AUGUUCGUCUCCACCCCCGACAGGUCCCGCCCCUUGCUCUCCUUGGACCGCUUGGAAAAGCCCGCGGCUCACCAGGCCAACUUCCUGCUCCCGCCGCUCUCAGCCAUGCUUGGCAACGAAACGUCGUCGCCGCCGCGGCCCGCGUUGCCCGCGGCCAGCUCGUUCGCCACCCCACAAACCCCCCGCUACGUGCUCCCCAGCAUCCGGUCCACAAGCACGCCGGCGUUGACGACAUUGCCCGAGCUCGCCGGCCGGACGCCGCCAGUGCUGGCUACCACCAAGAUCUUGGACGCCGUGUCCCCGCGGGAACCCGCUGCGUUCUCGGCACCCAGACCCUCCGUCGGCGUCUCCACACUCAGGCCCACCGCCAGCGUCUCCACGCCCAAUGUCUCGUUGGCCAAGGUCUCCACGCCCAAGGCGGCGGACGCAAAGACGGGCUCUAAACGCAAGCACAGCACGACGCUGCCGUCCCGCGACUUUGCCUUCAUCAGCCAUUCGCCCGCGACGUAUCCCUCGCAGGAGCCGUCCAUCGACAACGCGUCCUUGGCGCGCAGGAAGCGCCGCAGAACCUCGCCGGUGGAGUUGGCCGUGUUGAACGACGAGUUCAAGCUCGGCCUGACCCCCGACAAGGCGCGCCGCAUCGCCAUCGCGGCCAGGGUCAGCAUGUCCGAGAAGGCCGUGCAGAUCUGGUUCCAGAACAAGAGGCAGCUGCUCCGCCGGCUCCGCAACACCGACAAGGAGGUCACGGAGUUGCCCCCGGCGCCCGAGUUCGCGGCUGUCCCCACCCCGCCCGCGCCUUUCUACGCAUCCACGCCGCUUCGGCCGGCGUUGGCGAAAGCAGAGACUUCGCCGUUCCCGCACACCCCGGGCUUUUCUGUGGUGUCGCCCGUCCGCGCCGCUUCCGCGGCUGACUUGACCGCGGCCUGUCUGGCUGGCCCAGUACAGCCGCCCUCUACGCCCCACGACGCGGGUGCUAGGGUCUCGCUCUACUCGAGGAUGCUUGCCACGGCCAGCGACGAGAGGUCCGACAAGAGGGCCAGCAGUGGGCUCCCCGAGCUUGUGAUGAACUUGACCAACAAAAAGCAGCCGGGGUUUGCACGCCAGUCGGCACAGGCCGCAACCCAAGUCAUGACGUUCAAGUUGACGCCCAAGGACCGCAAGCCCUUGGCCACUUUAAGCACGAACACACCGAGCCACCAGAGAAUUCCCAACGCCAAGGACUCGCAGUGUAUACAGGGCCUUCUCUCUUUGAAAGUGGGACAUCUUUAA